AUGCCUACGAUCGCGGUCGACAAGGCGGCGCUCUUCAAGGAGCUCGGUCGCGAGUACACGACGGCCGAGUUCGACGAGCUGUGCUUCGAGUUCGGCAUCGAGCUGGACGAGGACACCAGCCAGAGCUCCAAGCCCGAGGACCAGGCGCAGCCGCCGCAGCUGAAGAUUGAGAUCCCCGCGAACCGCUACGACAUGCUCUGCUUCGAGGGCAUCGCGCUGAACCUCAAGGUCUUUCUCGGCAAGGAGAAGCUGCCGCAGUGGCGCGUCACGCAGCCCGCCGACGGACAGCUGCAGGAGCUGCACAUCAAGCCCGAGACUGCCCAGAUCCGCCCGCUGUGCUCGGCCGUCAUCCUGCGCGGCAUCGCCUUCACCCAGGCCCGCUACGACUCGUUCAUUGCGCUGCAGGACAAGCUGCACCAGAACCUCGCCCGCCAGCGCACCCUGGUCUCGAUUGGCACACACGACCUCGACACGGUCCAGGGCCCCUUCACGUACGAGGCGCUCAAGCCCGAGGACAUUGAGUUUGUCCCGCUCAACCAGACCAAGAAGAUGAACGCCCGCGAGCUGAUGGACUUUUACGAGAAAGACAAGCACCUCGGCCGCUUCCUGCACAUUAUCCGCGACUCGGCCGUCUACCCCGUCAUCUACGACGCGAACCGCACCGUGCUGUCGCUGCCGCCCAUCAUCAACGGCAACCACAGCAAGAUCACGCUCGACACCAAAAACGUCCUGGUGGAGAUCACCGCGACGGACAAGACCAAGGUCGAGAUUGUGAACCACAUGCUCACCGCCAUGUUCGCGGGCUACGCCGAGUCGAUAGAGGCCGUCAACAUUGUCUCGGACCACAACAACGAGUCGCGCAUAUCGCCCGACCUCUCGCCGCGCGAGUGGAAGGCCGAGGUCGACUACCUCAACAACGUCACGGGACUCGACCUCUCGCCCGAGGAGAUUUCGAAGCUCCUCGCCAAGAUGGGCCACGACGUGUCGCCCUCGAAGACGGACAAGAACGUGCUCGACGUGUCGGUGCCGAUUACAAGAGCAGACAUACUCCACCAGGCCGACAUCAUGGAAGACUACUCGAUCGCGUACGGCUUCAACAAGCUGCCGCGCGUGUACCCCAACAAGACGGCGGCCGUCUCGGCCCCGCUGCCCGUCAACAAGCUCGCGGACAUUGUGCGCCUCGAGUCGGCGUCGGCCGGGUGGACCGAGGUGAUGCCGCUGAUCCUGUGCUCGCACGAGGAGAAUUUUGCGUGGCUGAACCGCGUCGACGACGGGCAGACGGCCAUCAAGCUCGCCAACCCCAAGACGGCCGAGUACCAGCUCGUGCGCACGUCGCUGCUGCCGGGGCUGCUGAAGACGAUCAACUCGAACAAGCACCACGCGGUGCCCAUCAAGGUGUUCGAGGUCAGCGACGUCGGCUUCAAGGAUGAGACCAAGGAGCGCAAGAGCAGGAACGAGCGCCACUUUGCCGCUGCCAUCAUGGGCAAGACGAGCGGCUUCGAGCAGGUUCACGGCUUGCUGGACCGCGUCAUGCUCAUGCUGCGGAGUAAGUUUGUGACGCGCGAGGACGGGCUGGAGGCGGCGUUGGACGGGUACUGGAUCGAGGAGACCGAGGGCGCAGACAAGACGUUCCUCCCUGGGCACGCGGCGUCGAUCAAGGUCAACCUCGGCGGGAAGACGCACACCAUUGGCGUCUUCGGCAUCCUGCACCCCAGCGUGCUGCACAAGUUCGAGCUGCCGUACCCGGUCAGCACCGUCGAGUUCAAUCUCGAGGUGUUUUUGUAG